CUUCUGUCAUGGCGACAUUGAUUAUACUGCCUCAAAACUACUCUCGCAUCCCGGUGCAUCGUCGCAACGAAUUCUGACGUGAAUCCUUGCUAUCUGAAAAGUAUUACGUCGUGGCUAGGGAUCAAGAAACAACGUUAUACGUCCCAGCUCAACGCGCUCUGCCAGUACUUGGCGCCAUUUGAACCAAAGUCGAAACUGCUGUCCUCUUCGGACUACGCGGCCGUAUGACUGCCGGGCAUGGCUGCGUUCUACCCCCGCCUGAAAUUCUGAGCCAGAUCAUCCUCCUCGUGCCUCGGGAGACGAGACGUUCUUGCCUUCUCGUCUCUCGACUGUUUCACGAUCUUGCCAUUACUGUGGUCUUCUCCAGAAUCACAAUACAAAUCGGAGCGUGGGAGUACUGGUAUCACAACGAGUCUCACUCGUCGGAAACGUUCCGACCCCAUGAAAACAGACGAGCUACAUUGGCCGCCGAUAUCCUCCAUCGUAUUACGGUCGACACAGGUUUUGCUCGGAGAGUGAGACGGCUGGAAAUCAUAGCACAUAAACACGGUGGUAGCAAUGACGACUGUGUCUUCCAACUACACUGUUUGUCAUUAGCUGUCCAAAACUUGGUGAACCUGCGGUCGCUCAUUUGGUAUGGGACGCGUCCCGUGCCUUCCUUGGAGAUCGUCGAGAUGCUUGCCAAAGCAUGCCCCUUGCUGUUGCCAGUCAAUGUGCUCAGUGUUCGUCCUCACAGCAUACGCUCGAUCGCUUUCACCGGGACACAUCUGAACCUAUGGGAGGAUUAUCACCAUCACAUCUCAAACUACGCUACAAUAGACGUUCACGGGGGAUCUUUGCGAGAGAUCUGCAUCCCGGCAAUGUGGGCGGGGUCCAUUCAGCCUGACAGCUUACCGAACCUUACCCAUCUCGAGCUGCUGUUCCUCCCGUCAGAGUGUCUGGCGACCCUGGAAACAUUACUUGGACAACUACCCCAGCUGCAAUCAUUUGCUAUCAGCUCCAUCGACGACCAGGCGCACUCGCUACUGCAUGCAUUAGCUUCAUCGUUCGAACACAAUACACGGCUGACCUCGCUGGCGGUGUUGGACUACACCCGCGAGUACAGGUUAACACCCGAGGAUCUGCAAGUGCUCUCAGACUUCUUGUCGAACAGACAAGGGCUGCGGCGUCUGCGUCUGGCGUACAUUUGCCCCUGGUUAUACCACCGUCAGUACUUGGAUAUCAUUUCCACUCUGAAGAACCUCGAGGUCCUGUGGCUUGUGUUCAAAGCCCGUCGCUUUACGCGUGAUAUAAUGGGUUCGCUGGCACGAUGCUUGCCCAGCAGUCUUGCCGCCUUGGGUUUCCUCCUUCAUGCGCCCGUCGUCGAAGCAGGUUCCUUUCACCCUAUUUGGAUGUCUUGUCGCCAACUGGAGUAUUUCCACGUCAGGUCGCACGCGCUCAUGGAGUCCGUUGAAGAUGCGAUCGCCGGUGCCGGAACCUUGAAGGUCGCGGGCCGUAACGGGCGACUGCAUAGCAUCGAAUACCCACAAGGUAUACCCGUCGUCUCUGAUCACUGGCCCCAAGACAUGGUCAUGUUCCGGAGAGAAGAAAUGUACGGAUGUCCUGGAUGGGAAUGGUUGACGAGGCACUCACCCAUGUACGCGAACUGAACGUACUGAACGCUUGCUCUACCGUUCUCAAUACAUUUUACCAAUGCGUGUUAUCCA